GAUCGUCUUAACCGACACACGGUGAUCUGUUUCAUUUCGUGUUGGGUGUCACUUUGGUUAUGUGUUAGCUUGAGUAAAGGACUAGAAAUAUCAUUUGGCAUAUAUUAGAUUUAAAAUCAUUCUAGAAUGAAGGGCUUAUUUUUGUUAUUUUUAAUUGCGCUACCUGCUGUCUUAUUGAUAUUUGACAAUGGGCCGAGGAUGUUGGCGGCUGCACAGGACGAUGACAGCGAUGAUGAUCUGGCAGACGUAGAAGGAGAGGGUGAGGAGACGGCCAUCCUGGAGGAGGGCGGGGAGACUGAUGAGAAGAAAGAUGACGGAAGAAGUGGCGGCUCACCUGAUGCAGCGACAACUAUUCUUUUCACAAAACCUGUGCUCACACCUGGCUCUAAUCUCGAGCUUCCUGGCGGCAACUUGGUUGAGUUUCUGGUUGGUUUCCUCAACAAGGGCAGCCAGGAUAUGGUGCUGGAGACCUUGGACGCCUCGUUCCGCUACCCAAUGGACUUCAACUUUUACAUCCAGAAUUUCUCCACAUUGGCAUACGAACGUGCAGUGAAGCCUGGCCAUGAGGCGACACUAGCGUAUUCAUUCAUCCCCUCUGAGUCUUUUGCGGGCCGCCCCUUCGGUCUUAGUGUUAACCUUAAGUACAGGGAUGCGAGUGGAAACCAGUUCUACGAGGGCGUGUACAACGAGACAGUAAACAUUGUGGAGUUAGAAGAGGGGCUGGACGGUGAGACAUUCUUCCUCUACCUGUUCCUCGGAGCUUGUGGCGUAUUGCUGCUGGUGGCGGGGCAACAGUUCCUGGCGUCGGUGGGCAAGAAGCGAGUGGGAAGCAGCACCACCAAGCGACCCACUGUCGAGACAGGCACCACGAACCCCAACGAUGUUGACUACGACUGGCUCCCCAAAGAGACUCUUAAGAAUUUCAACAAGUCACCUCGAUCACCAAAAAUCAAACAGAGUCCAAGACAGCGGAAAACUAAGAGAUCAGCUGGCUCCGAUGACUGAACCUCCCCCUCCCCUUGCCGUGCUGUAUCUCAGUUCCCGUUGUGGAAUCAUCCUACAACCAUCGAACUCACAUUCAUAACUCCUCCAUCAACUGUUUUUUUUACUUUGUGUGUUUCGUUACGGACUCAACUAAACUCUUCGAUAUUCGAAGAAUGCUACAAUAAAAGACUUGUUUUGUGCUAGGUUUAUAUUGUUAACAUAAUUAGUCAUUGCUGAGGUUUGUUAAGAAGUUAAUGAUGUAAGUUUAUAGGUGCAAUUGUGUAAAUUCUCAAAUGUUACGGUAAUUAAAAUUUGCUAGGGAAAUUUUCUGUUGAAUAUCUCUUUAGAUUAUCAUUCUCUAUGAGAUGUAUUAUAUACGUAUAAUUUAUUUUUCUAAUAUAGGUUUCUUUUUUGAAAUGCUUUUGUCUAGAUAAUAUGAAAUGGGUUUACUACAAAAAUGUGAAAUUAAUUUUUAAUGUGAUCUCCUUAUUUAUUUUAAAUGAAUUAAAUGAUGUACAAAUCCUGUGUUAUUUCCAUGUUUCUACAACCGUUACUUCAGAAUUCUUAGGUAUUUCUGGUUUACAAACCAAUAUUUAAAAGGAAAAUCGGUAUGAAAAUGUAACUUUUAAGUUGUUUUGAUUGUGAUAAACUAAUAUUGUUAUAAUGCUGUUACGAGGUAUUUUAGUAUACAGUCAGAUGUGUUUUAAUUGAGAAUUGUGUGGUUGUGGAUUAAAAGAUUUUUUAUAA